AUGUCCGACGGAACAGAAAGACCUAUAGCUUUUGCAUCAAGAACUCUUAACAACGCAGAGAAAAAAUAUUCACAAAUUGAUAAGGAAGCCCUUGCAAUUGUGUGGGCAGUUAAGAGAUUCUACCUAUACCUAAAGGGACGAAGAUUCAUUCUUAUAACAGAUCACAAGCCAUUAGUUGCAAUUUUUGGAUCGAAGAAAGGUCUACCAAUUUUGGCAGCAACACGACUUCUUCACUAUGCUUUGACUCUUCAAUCCUUCCAAUUCGACAUCAUCUACCGUAACACCAAGGACCAUGGGAAUGCUGAUUUUCUCUCAAGGUUACCGACUCAGUCAGAAGAACUGGAAGUCCGAGAUGAUGUUACGCUCUUCCAACUGCAACAGAUUGAGACACUUCCAGUCACUGCCAGGGAAUUAGCCAAAGGAACAGAGGAAGAUGAAGAAAGCAGGCCACUGUUGCAGGCACUUCGAAGUGGAGAGGGUCUAAAGGGGAAGGAAGCGGAAUACAGUGUCCAAGAUGGUUGCAUCAUGUACGGAUCUAGAGUCAUGGUUCCAAAACAAUUCCAGAGCCGGGUGCUACAGGAGUUACACGAAGGACAUUUAGGGAUUGUAAAGAUGAAAGCGAUAGCAAGAUCGUUCGUGUUUUGGAAGAACAUAGACAAGGAUAUAGAAGAAGCAGUAAAGAAUUGUAUCCACUGCGCGCAAAUUAAAACAGAUCCCCAAAAAGCCAAAGUCCACCAUUGGGAGUACCCAAGCAAACCUUGGGAGAGGCUACAUGUUGAUUUUGCUGGGCCAUUGUUCGGAUAUAUGUAUCUGAUCAUUGUGGAUGCACAUUCUAAAUGGCUGGAAGCGUAUCCAAUGAAGAAUACAACAGCAUUGAAGACGAUCGAGUGUCUUAGGGACUGCUUCGCGAGGUUUGGACUUCCACUGAUGAUAGUUAGUGACAACGGACCUCAGUUCAAGUCCGAUGAAUUUAAGAUCUUCCUGAGCCGAAACGGGAUUAAGCACAGACCUUCAGCUCCAUUCAAGCCUUCCAGCAAUGGUCAAGCUAAAAGGUAUGUGUUUACCGUCAAGCAAUCUCUUCGCGCCAUGAAGGAGUACCCCGGCACCAUCCAGCAAAAGCUCAGCACCUUCCUGAUGCAGUAUAGGAAGGCUCCGAACAUGACAACCCUCCACAGCCCUGCAAUGCUGCUGAUGAAGCGUGAGAUCCGGACACGCAUCGACCUGGUGAAACCCGAUCUGCACGCCAGGAUCCAAGACAGGAUUAGGAAGGAUAACUUUCAGUUCUCGGAUCGUGUCUUUCGCAUAGGGGACAACGUGGCAGGCGCAACUACCGUCACGGUGAUAAAAGGUGGAAGUUCGGGAAAGUUGUCAGUAAAGGCGGACAACUCCACUAUACCAUCAACGUAA